AUGGAGAAGCCUGCCCCGCCAGGACCCCAGCCCAAGGUGGCUUCCCCCCUGGGCUCCUACCGAUGGCGGCGGGGAGGAGACAAGCCAGCGGGGGCCUCCAGAUGGGGCCGGCUUCAAGGAUGGGGCCGGGCUCUGAGUAACCCUGAGACCCCAGAGCCGCCAGCCUGCAGACCCGCUCAGAGGUCUCUCUUCCGUCGGGCUAUCUCUGCCAAGGAGUCGGGAGGAGGCUGGAACUGGAAGCUGCCCAAGUAUCUUCGCUCUGGAAGUCCGCAGCAGACACCUGACCAUGUGCCCGGUUCUGAACAGGAGACAGUCCCAGAGCCAGAGGCAUUGGAUUUCCCUCCUGUGACUCAGCGCAUUCCUGAGGCCCCCACUGCAGAUGCUCCAGUCUGGGACAUCAGUGGCUUCACCCUCCUGGAUGGGAAACUGCUGCUUCUGGGGAGAGAGGAGGAGGCUCCAGGAAGAAAUCUUCCCAGGGCUGGGAGUGUGGGCUCUGAAGGCAGUGUGCAACUGAUAGCCGGAGGGGCCAGAGAACCAGAGCAGAGUCCAAGAAGAGGUGAGUCCGAGGCCAACAGUGCCAUCCAGGGCUACAAUGUGAGGGGUUUGCUGUGGAAGAGGCUCAAGGAGAAGAAGAAGGGGAAAGCUGGAAGCCCUGGAGCAGGGUCCUCUAGUGCCCGGGGGUCCCAAGAGUCCCUAGCCAGUGAAGGACCCAUCAAAGAGCUGGACCUGAGCAAUGAACGAAAUGUGCAAGUGUGGCCCCUGCACCCCAGUCUCCUUGGGGAGCCCUACUGCUUCCAGGUCACCUGGCCCAAUGGAAGCCGCUGCUUCUCCUGUGGCUCAGCAGCUGAGAGAGAUCGAUGGAUUGAGGAUCUGCGCCAGAGUCUACAGCCCCAUCAGGAAAGCCAAGAAAGGGAAGAGACAUGGCUGAGUGUAUGGAUCCAUGAAGCCAAGGAACUCCCACAGGGUAGUUCUCAAGGCCUUCGGGUGGAGCUGUGGCUAGAUGGGGCCUUGUUGGCCCGGACGGCUGCUAGGUCUGGACCUCACUUCUGGGCAGAGCGCUUCCACUUUGAGGCACUGCCCCCAGCCCACCAUCUUUCCCUGCGACUGCGCCAGGGGGACCGGAACUUGGGCAGUGUAUCACUGGCACUAACUGAGCUCGGACAGAUGGGAGGGGGUCUUGAGCGAUGGUUCCCUCUGGAAGGUGGACCUCCCGGAGCAGCCCUGAGGGCACGAGUUCGGGCACGCUGUCUGCGAAUACUACCCACUGAGCGCUACAAGGAAUUGGCCGAGUUCCUCACCUUUCACUACCCGGAGCUGUGCCAUGUCCUGGAGCCCCAGCUGCCUGCCCAGGCCAAAGAAGAGUUGGCAGCCACCAUGGUCCGUGUGCUGCAUGGCACAGGAAAAGCACAGGCACUAGUGACAGACCUGGGCCUGGAGGAGCUGGCCCACUGUGGAGGAAGAGAAGCAUUGCUGUUCCGGGAAAACACACUGGCCACAAAAGCCAUUGAUGAGUACAUGAAGCUGGUGGGCCAGAGCUACCUGCAGGAGACGCUAGGAGGAGCUGUGCGACGUCUCUGUGCCUCUGAAGAUGGCUGUGAAGUAGACCCUAGCAAGUGCCCUGAGCCAGCCGUGGCCCAGCACCAGGUCACCCUGAGGCAGAGCUGUGAGGAUGUCUUCCUCAGCAUCACCCGAUCCUCUGACUGGUUCCCGGCUGAACUGAGUGCUGUGUUCUCUAGCUGGUGGGCAGCAUGCCAGGAGCGGAGGGUUGAGGCCCUGGGGGAGAGGUUGGUUUGUGCCUCACUCUUCCUGAGAUUUCUGUGUCCAGCCAUCAUGUCCCCCAGCCUCUUUGGCCUUGCCCAUGAGUACCCAGGCCCUGGUCUGGCUCGAACCCUCACUCUCAUCGCCAAAGUCAUUCAGAACCUUGCCAACAGAGCUCCGUUUGGCGAGAAGGAAGGUUACAUGAGCUUCAUGAAUGAUUUCUUGGAGCAACACAGCUCAGCCAUGCAGCGCUUCCUGGUUCAAGUGGCCUCUGGGGAUGGGGACAGGGCCCCUAGGGGCUACCAGGGCAGUGGAGACCUGGCCAGAGGCCUGGCCAUCCUGCACAUUCAGCUUCGCACUAUCUUCUCUGACCUGGACCAGCCAACACAGGAAAGCCUGGAGCCACUGCCUACCAUACUUCAAGCCAUUGAGGAAGGCCGACCCGUGCCUGUAUCUGUUAGUAUGCAGCCCUGUGCCACCAACAUCAGGGCCCAGGUCCAUGCCAGGUAACCCAGCCUGAGCUUCUCAGACAAGCCAGGCUUCCUGGCCCCCAGGGACCUCCCCAAGCACACCCCUCUCAUCUCCAAGAGUCAGUCCCUCAGAAGUAUACAGGGCCGGGGCCGAGGAGAGGAACAGCCUGUAAAGAGACCCCAUCGCCGCAUCCAGCGGACCCAGAGUGUCCCUGCCUCCCGGGCAGCCAGCUCGCACACCUCUGGGCCCUUGUCCCAGGCCAAGCCCAAGGACUCCCUCCGGAGAGGCUCCCCACCUCAGGGCCGCUCUAGGCUUGGGGUCUCUGCUUCACUGCCUAGGAAGUCCUCUGUACCCUGGCAGCGCUUCCUGGAAAAACCACACGAAAUGGACCACAGCAUUUGCACCCACCGACUCCCUGGGAAGCUGGCAGAGCUUCGGCAGGAGAUAGUCUCCCUCAGGGAACAGCAGAGAGUGUUAGCUGGCCAGCUGAAGACCCUAGCCAAUGAGACCCAAGCCCUUGGGGAACAACAGAAGAAGCUACUUGGCCAGCUGGAAGAGAUCCAAGGCCAGUUCAAGACCAGGGCUCAGAAGCUGGAUCCUGGGCAUAGCCCAGGCCUCCAGAGUAGGAGCAGUGAGAAUGCCAGGAUGGAGAGUUUGGAGAGCCGCCUGGCUGACCUCGAGAGAGCACACACUCAGCUGGUGCACUGGAUGCAGGAUCAGCAGAAGGCCCCUAAGAUGCAACUUCAACUCCUGAAGAUGCCCUGCACCAAUGGAGAUGCUACCUGACCAUGUCCACAGCCAGUCUGGGUUUCUAUGUGGGCAAUGACAUGGACAGAGGCAGCUUGCAAACCAUGGGAACCGUGGUGCAGACCUGGGCUGCCAGCAUUUUCCUUUGCUGUCUGUCCACGUUUCCUCCUCAAUCCCCGCCCCCCCCCCCCCCGUUUUGCCUACUACUAUCCAUAAUUUGUGGAUUGAAAUAAAG